CUACCCGCCGCAUAGUAUGAGCUCCUCUGUCUCUGCGCGGACGCAUAAUGAUACAGAUGGUUUUAUUACGGUAUCCCGCUUUAUGGUGACCGAAACUGCUGUUGUUUAGGAAAAAUAUCCCCCCCCUGUUACCAGUUGUGUUUUUUGGAUGCGCCAUGCAGUCUCGCUGGUGGAGUUGUGGCAUUCGGCUGGUGGCAUGGACGUGGGUUUGGAGUCUGGCAUUGCUCGGAGCAUUGUGCAUCCCCGCAAACGAAGUGAACCUGCUGGAUUCUCGCUCUGUGAUGGGAGACCUAGGAUGGGUGGCCUAUCCUAAGAAUGGGUGGGAGGAGAUCGGCGAAGUAGACGAGGACUACGCUCCCAUCCACACCUACCAAGUGUGCCGGGUCAUGGAGCAGAACCAGAACAACUGGCUCCACACCAACUGGAUCCUGACCGAGGGUGCCCAGCGGGUCUUCAUCGAGCUCAAAUUCACCCUGAGAGACUGCAACAGCCUGCCUGGGGGGGUUGGGACCUGCAAGGAGACGUUUAACAUGUAUUACUAUGAAACGAAUGGGGACGAGGAGGAAAUGGAGGAUGGAGAGAUGAGAGAUGGAACGGGGAUGACAGAAGAGGAAGACAGGGUUAUGAAGGAGAGCAGAUAUAUCAAAAUUGACACCAUAGCAGCUGACGAGAGCUUUACCGAGCUAGACCUAGGGGACCGCGUGAUGAAGCUCAACACGGAAGUCCGCGAUUUAGGUCCCUUGAGCCGGAAGGGCUUCUACCUGGCAUUUCAGGAUUUGGGGGCCUGUAUAGCUUUAGUGUCAGUGCGUGUGUUCUACAAACGCUGCCCGUUUCUGGUGAAGAGUUUAGCCGAGUUCCCCGACACCAUCCCAGGCUCAGAGGCCUCGCAGCUGGUGGAGGUAGUGGGCCGCUGCGUCAAUAACUCCCUGCCUUUAUACGAGCCUCCCAGGAUGCAUUGCAGCACCGAGGGUGAAUGGCUGGUGCCCAUCGGGAAGUGUGUGUGCCAGCCAGGAUUUGAGGAAAUCAACGGAUCCUGUCAAGUUUGCAAAGUGGGGUUUUACCGCUCGCUGCUUGAGUCUUUGGCCUGCAGUAAAUGUCCACCCCACAGUUUGGCCAGGCAGACAGGAGCCACUGCUUGCAGCUGUGAGGAUGGAUACUAUAAGAUUGACUCCGACCCUCCCAAUAUGGCCUGCACACAUCCUCCCUCUGCUCCACGUAAUGCCAUCUCCAAUGUCAACGAGACCAGUGUCUUCCUGGAGUGGUCCGUUCCCAUGGAAACAGGUGGCAGGAAGGAUGUGCGCUACAACAUCCUAUGCAGACGGGUUUUGCCAGAUGGAAGGGGCCUGGAAGAAUGCGGCCCCAACGUACGCUUUUUGCCACGUCGUGUCGGCCUGUCAAACACCUCUGUGAUGGUGGCCGACCUGCAGUCACACACUAACUACAGCUUCCUGCUGGAGGCUGUCAACGGGGUGUCAGAGCUGGCCAAAGACCACGCGAAGCAGUAUGUGUCACUUAAUGUGACAACCAAUCAGGCAGCACCCUCCCCAGUGAGUGUGGUGAGAAAAGGUCACACAGGGAAGAGCAGCAUCAGCCUUUCUUGGGCAGAGCCUGACCGCCCUAACGGCAUCAUCCUGGAGUAUGAGAUCAAGUAUUUUGAAAAGGAGCAGGACUCCAGUUACACUAUUAUAAAAUCCAAGGAGACUGAGAUGGUGGUGGAAGGCCUGAAGCCCUCUUCAGCCUACAUCUUCCAGGUGAGAGCCAGGACCUCAGCAGGCUAUGGCGCAUUUAGCCGACGUUUUGAAUUCCAGACCAGCCCUUACUUAACUGCUACCAGUGAGCGUGCUCAGGCUUCGAUAGUAGCUGUGGCCAUCACAUUGGCUUUGGUCCUACUGGCUGUAGUCGCUGGAUUCCUGCUCAGUGGACGGCGGUGUGGCUACAGCAAAGCAAAGCAGGAUCCUGAAGAGGAGAAGAUGCACUUUCACAACGGUCACAUAAAGUUCCCGGGGGUGCGUACCUACAUUGACCCCCUCACCUAUGAAGAUCCCAACCAGGCAGUGCAUGAAUUUGCUCAGGAGAUUGACGUCUCAUUCAUCUCCAUAGAGAGGAUCAUUGGAGCCGGGGAAUUUGGAGAGGUGUGCAGCGGACCGCUGAGGCUGCCCGGGAAAAGAGAAAUCCAGGUUGCCAUUAAAACCUUGAAAGCAGGUUACACAGAGCAGCAGAGACGCGACUUCCUGUGGGAGGCGUCAAUCAUGGGCCAGUUUAACCAUCCAAACAUCAUCCAUCUGGAGGGCGUGGUCACAAAGAGCAAACCAGUGAUGAUCAUCACUGAAUACAUGGAGAAUGGAUCACUGGACACAUUCCUCAAGAAAAAUGAUGGUCAGUUUACUGUGAUCCAGCUGGUUGGUAUGCUGCGUGGCAUUGCGUCUGGCAUGAGAUACCUUUCCGACAUGGGCUAUGUCCACCGUGAUCUUGCAGCUCGUAACAUCCUGGUUAACAGUAACCUCGUGUGUAAAGUGUCUGAUUUCGGCCUUUCCCGAGUCCUGGAAGAUGACCCGGAGGCUGCGUACACCACACGGGGCGGAAAGAUUCCUAUUCGGUGGACGGCUCCAGAGGCAAUCGCGUACAGGAAGUUCACCUCAGCCAGCGAUGUGUGGAGUUACGGGAUUGUCAUGUGGGAAGUGAUGUCAUACGGAGAGAGGCCAUACUGGGAGAUGUCCAAUCAAGAUGUAAUAAAGGCCGUAGAGGAGAGUUAUAGGUUGCCAGGUCCUAUGGACUGCCCUGAGGCUCUGUACCAUCUAAUGAUGGACUGUUGGCAGCGAGAACGCAGCAACCGCCCCAAGUUUGAUGAGAUUGUCUGCCUACUAGACAAACUUAUUCGCAACCCCAGUUCAUUAAAAAAACUGGUCAACUCUUCACACAGGGUUUCCAAUCUGUUAGUGGAACAUGCCAGUGUAGAAGGGGACUGCAGCACUCGGAGCCAGACCGUAGGGGAGUGGCUCGACUCCAUCAAGAUGGGUCGUUAUACUGAGCUCUUCAUGGAAGGAGGUUACUCUUCACUAGAGACAGUGGCUCAGAUGACGUCAGAGGAUUUGCGAAGAGUAGGAGUGAACCUGGCUGGACAUCAGAAGAAAAUCAUCACUACUAUUCAGGAGAUGAGAGUCCAUAUGAACAACACCAAUUCGACUGUAAACAUCUGAUGCACAUGUAUAGGGACACGCGCACACACACAUAUAUACAUACACACAAUAUAUGGACCUAGUAUGUGACAAAAAGACUUGCUGUUGGACCUAGAGCGGCUUAGCACUUUCUACGGACAAGGAAACCCAGUGUUAAGGAUCUAAACGAGAGCAUCCACAUUUUUGUGGUUCUUGUGUGUGGAGUUUGCUUGUGAUGUCAUUGGGGAUAUUUGACAUUGCAGCACAAAAACCAAACUGAACUCAGCUGAGCGGUGCUACAUGAAGGGAAGAUGAUGGUGAGCUUAACUGAACUUAAGUGAAAACUUUUCCUUCUAAUUAUUCAAUUUGUGUGAAUGUGGACUCUCUGUGCACUGUUUUGGUUCUCUCAGAUCGAGAAACAUGAAACAUAUGCCGCAAAUCUGGCUCUGAGAGCAACCAGCACUUUUUUGGCUGUGUCACACAUAUGGGAGUUUCAUGCAGCGUGCUCACACUGAACUUUUUCAGCCUGUCUCAGGUGAUCUGAACCCAGUGGAUCUGAAAAGUACCAACAUUUUCUCUGGAAGUACAUUUUCGUCAAUCAUUGAAUUGGACACCACUCUCAGGCAGGUUAAACAUGUUUUUAUGGACCAACAGUCUUUGCUUUGCCAUGCUGAUGUGCUUUGGAUUUUGCUGUUGGAUUUUGUUGACCUUUUGGCAGUUGUAAUCCAGCUGUACAACUCACGGAAGAUUCAGACUCAUAUUCGGCAUCAUGUACUUCAUUAUCUUACACAGCAAUUCUAGACAAGAAUACAUAUUGCCACCUUAAUUGUUUAAAGAGGCUGAAAUUUAAAAUACAACAAAGUCUAUGACAAGGA